AUGAGCCGAUCUCCUGCCCGGCGUCGCUCGGGAGACCUUUCUCCUCCGGUCGACAAGAACAACCCCAUGGAGACGCACAGCAUCACCUUCGAGUGGCCCUUGCACGAUCUCAAGCAGCACUUUGAUUCUUCCAACAACGACGCCAAGUCCAAGGUGAUCAAGUCGGUGCCCUUUGGUCAGGGCAAAUGGACGGUCCUGUUCUACGCUCAAUCCGGAUUGCAACAGUUCUGCUCGCUCUACUUGAAUGCAGAACCUACGCCCGAAGAGAAGAAUCAGAACAAGUCGCCCUGGGACACAUUUCUCGCCUCGAGCAGUCCCAAUCGAUCGCUAGCCUCGCUAACAGAGAAAUCCGCCAGCACCUCGGACGACGGAUGGACACGUCAAGGUCUCUUCCGCUUUGCCUUCAAGAUCCUCACGCUCAACAAGGGCAAUGUCCUCGCCACCAAGGAAGCAUGCAACCACGCGUUCAGCCACAAGACGUCCAACUGGGGCUGGGCUCAAUUUGCCUCGCGCGAUACCGUCUACUACGCUAACAGCGAGGUGCAACAGACCAACGGCUUUCUCAUUUCGGUCACAAUCACCGCCAGCGCAGAACGUCCUCGUCCCUUGUCUCUCGGCGUCGCAGUCCCGCCUGCGCUCAUCCAGGCCAUGGGUUCGCUUCUGGACGAUCCGGAGCAUAGCGAUGUUGUCUUUGUCAUCCGUCGCAAACGUCGACAUCCCAAGACGGGUGCGGUCAUCACACGCGAACGCCGCAUCUACGCCAUCAAGAAGAUCCUCUCUUCGCGCUGCGAGUACUUCCGCGAUAUGUUUGAGAGCGGCUUUGCGGAGGGAGACGUUAACGCUGGAUCGGAUGACGAGAUGGACGAUGACCCUCCUUUUGCUCAGAACAUCUCACGUGGGGUUGGUCAGGAUCAGCUUGGGUUGAUGAACAGUGCUUUCGCCUCGUCUCCAGAUCAGGACGACGAUGACGACGAGCUCGGACUGGAAGACUCGGAUGAAGAGAUGGACGUGGAUGAGGUCUACGAGAUGGGUAGAUCCAGUUUCAACGACCAGCACAGGAACAGCGACGGCAAUCUGGCUCGCAGCCUGGGUCCCGCACCCGUUCCUCCGAAGUCGACCCGGGCAGAGGCGUCGGCAUCAACUUCUCGUCGUGUUCGCGAGACCAGUUCCGAUGUUCCCGAGCUUCGGCCUUUGACGUCGACAAGCCAGCCGCCAGCUGUCGUGCCUUCCGACGUAUCUCACGCAUCUGUGUACGGGCAAUUGCAGCAGACAACGCCACCGCAGUCGCGUACCAGACAGGUGAACGACCAGGACGCUGGCACCGACAGUGGCGAGGACUCGGCACGCGUACAGGGCAUGUCAGCCUUUCAGACACCUCAACAUUCUCCGCGUGCCCAGCGACCUGAACUCUCGAUGCUUGCGUCGCCUACCAAAGCAGUAGUGAGCGUCUCGACUGGUUUGCAACAGCAGCAGCACGUACAGAAUGCGACCAACACCAAUGCCAGUGGCAGGACCUUGCCGCAGCGUCGUCAAUCACAAGACGCGGCAGUAUCGAGCGUCCACAAUAGCAAAAAAAGGCGCAAAGUGGUGGUGCGUGAUGCGGCCUAUGCAACGUACAAGGCACUGCUGUAUUGGCUCUACACGGAUCGAAUCGUGUUUGCUCCUUUGCACUCGCAUUUCUACUCGCAGAGCACGUCUUCAGAUGGGAAGUCGGACAGCGUCCAAGAAGCUGCGCGUGGAUCGUCUGGUGCCACACCGCUCAAAAUGCAAGGAAGCAAGGGAGCCGAUACAUCCUAUGCUGACUCCGAAGUGGAGCCUUGCUUCACACGCGACAGCGUCAAUAGCAGCAGCAGCAGCGGCGGCGGUAGCAGCUUCGCCAAGGACCGACGAAGGGCGCACUCUCAGCGCCAACAGGUGGUUGACGAAUACUGCUCGGUGCAUGCGAGCGUGCCCGCUCCGUGCUCCGCUAAAUCCAUGUAUCGCCUCGCGGACAAGCUGCAGAUCCCCGAGCUCAAGCAACGCGCCCAGCAGGAGCUGGCCAACAACUUGACCGUGGACAACAUUGUUUGGGAAGCCUUUUCCGGAUUCAACUCGCAGUUCCCGGCAAUUCGCCAGAUGGAGACCGAGUUCUUGCUCAAGCACUGGUCCGAGGUCAAGGGUACUGAGGUGAUGAAGAACAUCUUUUCCAGGCCCAGUGCUCAUCCUGGUCUGGCGGACAUAUGGCCACAUCUGCUGAGCCAGCUCGAGUUCCGAGGUCCCGAGGCGGCAGCUAAGCCUGAGGUGGGAUGA